AUGUGGGACAUUAUACCGGCUCGUAAGUCUGAGGCUGUCGAAAGCGAUGCAACGGAAAGAGGUGGAGGUGAGAACAGAGAGGAUAAAGAGGAUGAUAAUCGUGAAUACAGUGGUAGCGAUAGCGAGACCAUCAAAUCACAGUCUUCUGAUGACAUUUUUCCAUUCUUGAAAAAGUCACCUAGUCCCCGAACUUGGAACCGUCGUUGCUGUCCAACAUGUGAAGCAAUGACGGGAACGCUGGAGGGACUGAGCGCGCUGGUCAGCGGCGGCUACCAGCACUUGAACUGGUACCAGAUUUGUGAAAACACCAAUCUUGGAUGUCGGCUCUGUUGGGAGAUUCAGCAUAUUCCCGGUGUGUGGCUUCGCGAUGACGAUGGAAAUUUGCCUCUUGAAGAGGUGAUCAUUCGUGCUAUCACUUCUGUUCCGUCGAAGAAUGAAAUAGGUUCUGUAAAGCACCCCUUCGAGAAUCUUCUUCUACAGAAUCUCGAGAUUAUCAUACCUAGUUUGGUGGUAUAUGAGAAAUCAGAAUUUCCUCCGCGGCAGAUUUUAUUCCACCCAGUGACUUGGGAAGAUGAUGGAGCUGCCAGGUUCAUCCAAGGAAGAAGAGAGACGAAGGACAUGAGCCCAGAAGUCGUUGGUAUGAUUCAUCAAAAGCUUGACAACUGCUUCGGAAACCACCUCUCAUGUCCUCGGCGACGCUCCCCUGAACUGCCGCGGAGAGUUCUUGAUGUUGGUUCUGGUACUUCGCCAAUUCGAAUUUACCAUCCUGCAGAAAACGAAAAGGCGGAAUAUGCAACAUUAAGUUAUUGCUGGGGUAGUGGUGUUGAACAUAUUACCACAACCACUUCAAAUUUGAGCGAAUACAUGGUCGCUUUGCCUCGUGAUCUACCGAAAACAAUAUUGGAUGCUAUUGAAGUAUGCCAAAAGAUAUGUGUUCGUUAUCUCUGGAUCGACGCAUUGUGUAUCAUACAAGACGACGAAAGUGACAAGCUAGACCAAAUUGCUACGAUGGGGUCGAUAUACAAAAGCUCCUUCAUAUCCAUCGUUGCAGCCAGUGCCCAGGAUGUUAGCCAGGGAUUUCUCAAAUCAAAUUUUGCAGAACCUUCAGUCGAACUACCAUUCUUCAUUGAUGGCGAUACGUGUGGGAUAGUGUAUCUUAGGAUGUUCCCGGUUGGAUUGAUUUAUGCUGAGGACGAACCUACUUUUGGAAGAGCGUGGACCUUGCAGGAAUAUAUGUUGUCACCGCGCAUUCUGGUGUUCGACUGCUGUCAGAUAACUUUCAAUUGUCGAAAGGAGAGCUUUCAGCCGGUUGUUGAGACGCACUUGGAGGUAAUUUAUAACUGCACUACCUUGCCGGUAUCUGUGUUCGGCGUAUUAGAUGAUGACCCAGCAUAUAAACAGCGGCUCCUACUAGGGAACGAUAAAAGAGAUCUCCAAGAGUGGACUUGGUCUCAGAUUAUAUGGGAGUAUAGUAAAAGGGACUUGACUCACUUCGAAGACCGCCUACCAGCAUUGGCCGGAAUAGCUUCAGAGCUGGCUCUAGUUUGGAACGAUACCUACCUCGCCGGUUUCUGGAAACGGUCUAUUAUGCAUCAUCUCGGUUGGUUUCGGUUGGUUGAAUUGAAGAAUAUGCGCCCGAUGAAAAAGAUAUUUCAACACAUAGAUCGCAGUCAGCGUCUGGGAUCUCCCAGUUGGUCGUGGAUCACAAUGCCUUAUCCGAUUCGAAUUGAUCCUCCAGAGCAUAUAGAUGCCAAGUUGAUUGACAGCAAAGUAGAGUUGGUAUCGGAAACGUCUCCUUUUGGACAAAUUUCCAGAGCUCUCAUAACUCUGGAGGCACGAAUACUGGAAGCAAAGAAUCUCGAUGUGAUAAGAAAGGAGAGCCACCCUGCGUCUUCAGAUCGGGGUAUUGUCUUUGAUUUUGAGACUCCAAUUGAUAGGUUGGAUGAUUUUCGGCUACUAUACCUGAGCUGUCAGGCUGGAGAAUGGUUCGGAGAGCAUCGGGGGCUGUUUCUAGUUGUCGAGCAGUCUGCACUUGGAAUGUUCAAGCGUGUAGGGCAUAUUUGGUUAGACGAUUCUGAACCAGUGUGGAAGGACUUAUUGAACGCAGCUAAAAGAGAGGUUGUAGUUCUAGAGUAG